UGUCUCCUUCAAGGCGUCGUUCUGCUCCUGGAUGCGAAGACAGGUACGGUACAGUCGAGAAACAGCAACACAGCAAAAAUCAUUCGCGUAUACCAACAUUCUCCUGAUAACGAAGAAGCUAUACUGAAACAAUUCAAUGAUGAUGCAGGAUGCUUUAAUUAAAAUGAAGAUCCCAAACAUCGCACAAGUCUUUGGCAUCUGCAGAUCGCCAAACUUUCCAGCGAUCAUCCCUUUCGAUGAUUAUGAACGUAACUUGACUGCAAAGCAAAUCGUACCAUUCUAUAUCCAACUGUCAGUCGCAGAGCAUUUGUUCAGGCACUACCCGCUUUCUGCUAUGCGAAGCCGGGCAGAUGCCGCAGAUGUCAGGAAAGCCAUAUCACUCUCAAUGAACACUGGACAAAUUGUCGUGACGGCUAUGGUAUCAUUUGAAUACCUCAUUGGGAGUUUUAUUAUGUGGAUCUCUCGUACACCAGGGGACCGUGUCCAAUUUUGGGGCCUGUUGAAUGGGGAGCCACAUCCCAGCGAAAUCAGCAGAUGGUCCUCGUCACUGACAUUGCGAAAGGACAAUUUAUGCAAUGUGUUUUCCAUCCACCAACUCAACCUUACAUGCCGGGUAGUGUAUUGACCUCAUGCCAGCACGGGGAGACUUUGGUGGGCAGAGUCCAGACUAGAUUG